CAGCAAGAAGAACUUCCACAAGACAUUUAUGAAGGACGUGACUGCGGAAUUGGCCAGAAUAGCAACGUCCGUCUUCGUGAGAUCGGACCCGACUGACCCUGGAACUCGUCAAAAUUGAAGAAGAAAUCGAUGAGGGAGAGGUUCUCUAUCACAAGCAUAAUGCGGUGACUAUAAACAAGAAGAAGCAGAUGAAAAAGCGUCGUGAGCAGGAGAGUGAGCAACGUGUCAUUCGAAGACUUACGAUUGUCAAGGAGCAACAGGAUGCUGAGGAGGCAGAGGUGAAGGCGAUUCGGGAAAAUGCUGCUCGUAAGCAAGCUGCCGCUACUGGACAAGUUAAAGAAGUUGAGAAUCAGAAGGAGAAGAAUAGACAGAUUGCGAUAAAUCGGGAUAGGUACACAUUUCGAUAAUUGAAUGCUUCUAAUUUGUUUUUUUUGUAGAGAUCUGAAGCGUGCCAACGAAGAAUGGGGUACAACUGAAGCCUCGAAGGCUAUAGAGGAAAAUCCGCGGAUCGUGGUGGCUUCCGUGGAGGUGGCGAUCGAGGAGGCUUCAGAGGACUUUCAACAGAUCCUGGUGGAGGUGGAGGCUUCCGUGGUAGAUCAGAAGACCGCGAUGGAGGAUUUAGAGGUGGAUUCGGUGGAGAUCGAGGAGGAUUCAGAGGACGCGACAGAGGUGGUGGCUUCCGUGGUGGGCGAGGUGGAGACCGAGGCGGUUUCCGUGGU